AUGCACAGUGGUUUGGACAGAUGGUGGUCUGAGGAGAGGCCUGUAAAGCACAAUGCUCUGGAUGGCGGUGGUCAGGGGCCAGAGGAGGCCUGUUAUGAAGCCAGUUUGGUCAACAUGAAUGAUGUCUUCCAGGACCGCCGAAAGUCUAUUGCCAGUAUCUUGGCCAAAAUUUUGGCAACAAUAUUAAGUAAAGAGAUUGGUCUGUACAAGGAGAAAUCCUCAGGACUCCUACCGGGCUUGGGCAUCACCACCGAGUCCGACAGUAACCCCAGUCGUAGAAAUUCUUUGAAAAGAGAGAGUUAUGUCUGGUCCAAGUCAGUGCAGGUCUUGUCGUCAAUCCUGGGAAACUCUUUUGAGGAGAAACAAAAAACUAAAAAGCCACCAACUCAAAGGAAAUGUCCUUCCUGCAAAAACCCUCUUAGAGAUUCAUGGCAGAAGGCAAUGUGUAAAUCUUGUAUUAAGGAUUUAGUGGAAGAAGAGACAUCCCAGCAAUAUAAAGUGUUGUUUUCUUCAGUGCAAGAACUUGCAAGUUCUUUGAAUUCGGUCAAAUCUAUGUUGGUUCAGACUCCAGCAGUGCAAGCUGAACCCCAACAUUUACCACCCAGCCCAAAAGCUUCCACCUCGAGGUCAGAGGUUGUGGAUUCAGGGGAUGAAGGGACAAGUACUCUUCGCUCACUCAGGGAUUCAGAUGAGGAGGAAGAGGAAGGAGAGUACAGAAAUUCCAGAUAUAAAGUCUCUCUAGAUGAAGUAGAUGAUCUUCUUGAAGCAAUUUAUACUACACUUGAUAUUCAAGAAGAGGAGGUACAAUUAUCUCUUCAUGAUAAAAUGUACCAGGGUCUGGAUGCCUCCAAACACAAGGUUUUUCCAGUUCACAAAGUAGUAUCAGAUACUAUUAGAAAAGAGUGGAAAGAUCCAGAAAGGGGCCCCUUCUUUUCUAAAAGUCUAAGGAAAAGAUUUCCCUUUGAAGAUAAAGACUCUGAAGCCUGGAAUAAAAAGCCAAAGGUUGAUGCUGCCUUUUCCCAGGUGUCUCGACGCACGGAUCUUGCGUUCGAAGACAUGGGGAUACUAAAAGAUCCCAUGGACAAAAGAGCGGACUCCCUGUUAAAGAAAGCUUGGGACUCUACUUCUCUUAGUCUAAAACCUGCAAUGGCCUCCACAGUGGUGGCAAGAAACUUGGAAUGUUGGGUGGAAAAGCUGAUGAACCAUGUUGAAGCUGGUACACCAAGGAAGGAUAUCUUGGAAUCCUUUCCAUUGAUUCUAAAAUCAAUCAGGUACAUGGCUGAUGCGUCAGCUGAAUCAAUUAAGUUGUCAGCUAGAUCCGCUGCCCUGGUGAACUCAGCCAGACGUGCAGUAUGGCUGAAAACCUGGACAGGGGACACAGCCUCUAAAGUCAAACUCUGCGGGUUACCCUUCUCAGGGGACUUACUGUUUGGACCGGAUCUUGAAAAAAUUCUGGAUAGAACAGCCGACAAAAAGAAGGCUUUCCCGGCUAAGAAACAACCUGUUAAAAAGAAUUUUCGUUCUUUUCCACAAACCUCCAAAAAAGAAGAAAACAAAAAGCGCUGGUUUCCUCAAAGAGUGGAGCCUUCUGACCAAGAGCCCCUUUGUGAAAAACAUAGUUACACAAGGAUACAGUCUGGAGUUUUCAGAGUGCCCUCCUUGCAGGUUUUAUGUGACAACCCUACCAAGGGAUCAGGAAAAAGCUUCCGCAAUGAUGAACCUUCUAAAGGAUCUGAUCCAACAGGAAGUUAUUGUCCAAGUCCCAAAAGAUCAGGAGGGAAGAGGGUUUUACUCCCACAUAUUCUUAGUAAAAAAGCCUUCAGGCAAAUAUCGCCUAAUUUUGAACUUGAAGAUCCUGAACAAAACUAUAAGGUACAAGCACUUCCGGAUGGACACCAUUUAUUCCAUCACAAAGUUGUUAGCACCAGAGUGCUUCAUGGCCUCUCUGGAUCUAAGGGAUGCGUAUCUACACGUGCCAAUAGCGCAGGCCUCACAAAAGUUUCUACGCUUGGCAAUAAACUUGGGAACUUCAAUAUGGCACCUCCAAUUCAGAGCUCUGCCGUUCGGCCUCUCAUCCUCACCAAGGAUCUUUACAAAAGUGAUGGCGGAAGCCUUGGAGCCUCUGAAACUGAGAGGGGUCUCAGUUGUUCCUUAUCUGGACGACCUCUUAUUCUUUGCAGGUUCAAGGGAUCAGCUGGUUUCAGAUCUCCAGACGUCUUAGGCUCAUCUCGAGAGCCUGGGGUGGAUAUUGAAUUUAGAAAAAUCAAGCCUAGACCCCUCACAGGAAAUGAGGUUCCUCGGUUACACCAUCAAUUCAGUUCUCCAGAAGGUGUUUCUCCCUCAAGAAAAAGUAGAAAAAGUAGUUUCUGCAGUGAGCCAGAUUCAAACGAAUCUCCCAGUGUCAGUACGUUCUGCCAUGGCAGUCCUAGGUCAACUUACGGCCUCGAUCCCUGCCAUUCAAUGGGCAAGGCUUCAUUCCAGACCCCUACAGAGGAACAUCCUACAGGAGUGGUCUCACCAGGAGUCACUGGAGAAAACCUUCUCUCUAUCAUCAAAGGUAAAACGGUCCCUCUGGUGGUGGAGAGAUCCUUCCAAUCUCACAAAAGGUCUCUCAUGGGUCCUUCCCUCGGACAAACGUCUGACAACGGACGCAAGUUCGUGGGGAUGGGGAGCCCACUUGGAUGGACAGACCGCACAAGGGUCAUGGACCAAAGUGGAGGCAAGGAGGUCAUCGAAUUGGCGAGAACUAAAAGCCAUUUUUAUGGGUCUCCUGGCUUUUCAACAGAUGCUGAAGGGUUGUCAUGUUCAAAUUUUGUCGGACAACACUACAGCAGUGGCCUAUGUGACCAGACAAGGCGGGACCAGGAGCCAGGGAUUGAUGGAGCUAGCCAAUCAGUUACUGACUUGGGCAGAGAGAAAUGUGGCCUCUUUGUCAGAAAUCCACCUAAAAGGAUCCCAAAACCUGCUGGCAGAUCUUCUCAGCAGAAAGAAACUAAUAGAAGCAGAAUGGAGUCUAAGUCAGGAGAUUUUCAACAUGAUCUCCAAGGAAUGGGGACAUCCUCAAGUAGACCUUUUUGCCAGUCAGCAAAACACGAAAGUUCAAAACUUCUUUUCUCUCCACAGAGAAGACCAGGCGAUAGGCAUAGAUGCUCUAGCCCAUCCCUGGGAUUACCAUCUGUGCUACGCCUUUCCCCCCUUUCCCUUGAUUCCAUUGGUCUUAAGGAAAUUCAGAGAAGAGAAAACAGACCUAAUUCUGAUUGCUCCCUUUUGGCCAAAGAGGCCUUGGUUCGCAACCAUACUGAACCUGGCCGCAAAACCUCCAUGGAAGUUGCCUCCCAAGAAGGACCUUCUAACACAGGGAUCUGUGUGUCACCCAGAAACAGACAGGUUACAUCUAAGCGCUUGGUUUCUGAGGAAGACAUUUUGAAAAAUAAAGGCUUGUCGGACAAGGUUGUAAAAACUCUUCUGUCCAGUAGGAAGGAGGUAACAAGAUCAAUUUAUCUUAAAGUGUGGAAGAAGUAUAACUCAUGGUGUUCUUCCAAGACCUUUCAAACUAAGAGGGUGGUCUCAGUGCUAGAAUUUCUCCAUGAAGGAAUGGAAAAAGGACUUGCCUUAAAAACACAGGUAGCGGCUCUUUCUGUUUACUUAGAAAAAACUCUGUCCAGAGAACCUUUAAUUUCCAGGUUUUUUAGAGCACUAGCUCGAAAUAGGCCAGUGAUCCUCAAAAGUUUUCCCAGUUGGGACUUAUCGGUUGUACUACAAGGUUUGACGGGAGUUCCGUUCGAACCAUUGGAGAAUAUUUCUUUGAAAAACUUAAUCCUCAAAACAGUUUUUUUGGUGGCUAUUACGUCAGCAAGACGAAUCAGUGAGCUCCAAGCUCUGGCCAUCACUGAACCCUUCCUAAGAAUUUUUCCAGACCGAGUGAUCCUUCAAACGGAUCCUUCGUUUCUUCCGAAAGUAUCAUCAAAAUUUCACCGGUCACAGGAAAUAGUGUUACCCACUUUUGCUUUAAACCCUUCUAAUGCUGGAGAAGAAGCGUUCCAUACACUAGACGUGAAAAGGUGUCUUUUACAGUUUCUUUCAGUCACCAGAGAUUUUAGAAAGUCAAAUGCUCUCUUUGUAGCUUUCUCAGGUCCCCGCAAGGGGGAAAAAGCAUCCAAAAGUACUUUAGCCAGAUGGCUUAAACUUGCUAUUUCAGAAGCCUAUAAAGCCAAAGGAGUCGUGCCUCCCUCAGGUAUUGUGGCACACUCAACAAGGUCAACUGCAGUCUCCUGGGCCGAAAGAGCCGGCGCUACACCUGAGCAGAUCUGCAAAGCCGCCACUUGGAGCAACUACUCAACGUUCCUAAGGCACUACAGUGGCGACUGGUCAUUGGGAAAGUUUCAGGUCCAUGUGACCAUUCAAAGAGAGGAGAAAGCUGGUGGUGUUAAGGUUGAAAUUGCUGAUGAGCCAGAAUACAGGAUGGAGUGGAAUCGAAACAACUCGAAUGGUGCUGUUGCCCCUCCUCACAGCCAGCAGUAUUUAUUGCCAUCUGCCUCCUCCAUGGUUACAAGUGCGCAGAGCCAGUUGUCCAGUGCACAGCAAAAUACCUUUGUUCAGAGCAGGUCUUUUAUUGCUAACAGAGACCCAAUUCUCCAAAAUUUGCUGAAAGCCCAAACAAAUGAAGACUAUUUCCAUGUUUCACAAGCUGCCUUAAAAUGCAUGAAUAACAGGCCAAAACAUCAGGUGAAAUCGAGCCCUCAGAAUUCUUCAUACAAUCCCGCUAAGGAAGGGGUUUCCACUCCAGACAAUAGAAGUGCAAUUCCUGUUCAGAACUCCGUAGGACCGAACUACAGAAUUCAAACUUACACUGUUCAAACCACACAGCAGCCGCCAUCUGUAGCAGUUGGGCAACAAUUUGGUGGAAACGUGUACACUACUACUACAGUCCAGCAGCCGCUACAGAAUUCCCAGCAACCUCUACAUAAUUCUCAGGCAUUACAAGCAUAUCAACCUACUGUCACGUAUUCAUAUGCCCAGCAAAAUAAUCAUUAUACCUCCAUAAGGCCCCCUGCUAAUGCCGUCCAAAUGUCUUGCCAGCAAAUGGCACCAUCAGCAAUAUACAGUUUACAGAAUGGUGUCUCAGGGCAGUUUGUCUCUCCUCAAAAAUCACCUACUGAAACAAAUAAUUCUGCACAUAUGCAGGAUUGUAGGAAUGGUCAAAAUAGAUCAAGUCCGUCCUUGUCCAAUUACAGGCCUUUGGCCCCUAAUGUGUUGCCACAUGCCCCCCAACAGCAGUUGAGCGGUCCACAGCUACAGACUUUAUCACAUUUGGAUGGAAAUGCCAACAGUUAUAACCAAAGACAAAACUUUCAAAAUGUCUUUAAUAAUUCUCCACAAAUGACAAGUAAAGCUGCUGAGAUGCCACCUUCUUACACUCAAGCAACAACCAAUCUGUCAAAUGUUAUCACUGCAUCAGUAAACCAGAACUUUAGUAAACAGAGGCAAAAUUAUGUUGCAGCCAAUGUACAACAGCCAGCACAGACGGGUAAUCCCCAACCUGUUCAGAGUUCUGUAGGGGACGAACAAUCUAGAAUCCGUGACAUAUAUGCCUCACAAGAAAGGAAGCAAGAGAUGCUUAAAAUGUUGCUAGUUUACCAGAGCAUCAGAAAGAAGUAUGAGCUGCUGAAUCGGGAAAAUACCCUUUUGCGACAAAGACUACAGUCCAGCACGUCUCAGGAAAAUACGGCACCACCACCACUCCUUUCAAGCCUGUCCGUUGCCCAACCGCAGGCAAACUGCAUGAUGACUGGGCAGCAAAAUGUAACUCAGGCUGUAUCUGUGCAAAACUCAGCCCAAAUAAAUUCUGCAAAGGGUUUUCAAAGUCAAAAUAUGUAUGACCAUGUGAUGAAUACUCCAAAUCAAGCUGGUAUACAACAUAAUAUGUCCCCACAGGAAAAUACAGUGGUCCACAACCAAAUGUUAAAAUCGGACAAUGGUAACCUUCAUAGGCAAAACAAUUAUUCAGUCUUUGAUGGAGGCCAGACAAAUGUGUCAAACUCAACUCUGCAGUCACUGAGCUCAGAAAAUGUAGCCACUAAAGUCUGUCAAAAAGCAACAUCAAGAGAAUUUGGGGGACAGGCAAACUUGAAUAACCAGUAUACAUCUAGUUCUAACUCCAAUAAUGAAAAUGUAUUAAAGAAUGGCCUUGGUUUACACAGUCCUGAUAAACCUGCUUCAGUUUCUCAAAGCCUUAAUCCUGCUUGCCAAGAAAAUAACAGUUACAGGCACCUAUCCUAUACAACUGGUUUGACUGCAAAUGGACAAGUGGUGUCUGUUUCACGAGAAGCAAUAGAAGCUUCUUUGCCUCUCUGGAAGGCUGUUCCUCAAAGCACAAACAGGUCUUCAGAAACUCCUACAAACGAGGUUUCUUCAACUAUCUCUCUACAAAAACAAGAUUCAACUGUUGCUAAUCCACAAAUUGCUAUUGUUUCUCCGCUUGUGCAGUCUAAGGAGGCUUUUCGUGAAGAUUACCAGAUGUCUAAAGUUUGUAUACAAGGCCCAGAUGUAGAAAACCCUGCCAUAAAUAGUUUAAUGAACUCAUGCGAAAGUGAACGUUUCAAUGAUAUUUUGCAAGAGUUAGAAUCUUUAGGAGCCAGCACACUGAAUAACAUGGAGUCCUCAAGGUCCAAAGAUCCUUCAGUUGACAGACAGGAUCAUUUCGAUUCACCUGUGCCAUUUGGCACUGAAGUUACAUCUCAUACUCAACCUAAGACAUCCAGCGACAAUAUUGAAAUGGUUGAUGAUGGUUUGCAGAUUUCUGGUAUAUGUACUCUGGUAGAAGGUAACUCUUUUUAUGAUUCUUCUAUUGCCAUGAUAUUUGAUGAAACUUCAGACAAAACACCAUUGCUUCAUACCAAUACUAGAGACGACCAUUCCAAAACUAUAGAUGCAUCUCAUAUUCUGAAAGAACCAAGCAAUACUUGUCCAAAAGCAGUCACUGCCUCAAUUAAAUCUGAGCCUGUUGAUGUAGUGGUAGAUAGUCAUACAACUGAGGGUGAGAUGCAGUGCAGUGAAACUCCUUGUGUUAAUAUGGAAGCUGACCAACAAUUGGGGUCUGCUCAACCGAAAUCUUGCUCUGAUCUGGAAUCCAGUGAUGGAUCUGACCAGUUAUCUGAACUUCUUACUGAGUUUCCAUAUGGAAUUAAAAAUUACAUGUCUGAGAAUAUACCUGAGUGCAUUAAUGGUUGUCCCCCAAGAAGACCAACUGAUAAACCUGAACUUAAAACGGCCUCAGACUUUGAAACGGGGUGCAAGGCAAUUGGUGACAUAAAAUCUGAAAUGGUGCCUGGUCCUUCAGUGAACCUACAGCAUGUGUUUAAAAUGGAUUCAGAACUAUCAACUGACUCCAGGCCUCCAGGUGAAAAGACUGACUUGGGGCCUCCAGCUGCAGAGGUGCAGAAAACUGAAAUGGUGCCUAUACUUGCUAAAGAUGUUGGGAAGUCCAUGCCAAUGGACACAUGUUUAGAUGAUUGUUUUGAAAUCCUUCCCAAUAGCCCAGAGAGUGACAUACAUAUUACUAUUUUAGAUCAGGAUGAAAUACCUAAGAUUUUCCCACGUGAGAAUGAAUGUGUAGACACUAAAAAAUGCACUGAGGUUAAACUUGAAGUUUUGCAGGAAUGUUCUAAUACUCGUGAGCCUGGAAAUGAGUCUCAUUCGCUAAAAGCCUCCACUGAUCCGAUUGAGGCUGGAACAGAUAAGAACUUGUUCUGCUGUUUAUUUAGUUGGUUAAAUCUCACUAAUAAAAAUGCCCCAAAAUGCAAUUGCAAACAGCUAGAAGCCUCCAAAGAAGUAGAAUCUACCAAAUUAUUAAGUAAUGACUCUAUCCUAAAGACUGACCUGUCCCCACAAACUCCUGAACCAACAUUGCUGGGGUUACCUAAACCAAGCAACAGUGGCCUUGAUAGUCUGCAAACUGACAGACCUCCAAAACUUGAUCUAGUAGAUUCAGAAAAUGAAGAUUUUUUUCAGCCUAUGGAAAAACCACCCAAACUUGAACGAAUAGUAUCUGCAGCUGAACAUGUUCCAAAAAUCAGUCCCCAAGCAAAAAAAGGCUUAAAAAGAUCAACCUCUGUUGAAGGCCUUCAGUCUUCCAAAGAUAGUUUGAUGAAAAAUAUCUCUGUAAACCAUGAAAAAAGUUCAACACCUAGUCUCAAGGAUGGGAAAACUACUUUCAGAAACCAGGACCAAUCUCCAAAUAAGUUAAAAUCUCAUGGUUCCCGUAAAUCUGAAAAGCUGAUUGUUAAAACGGAUUUUCUGAAGAGCAAGCAUUCCUAUAAAGAAAAGGGAAAAUCUGAAGGAAAGAAAGCUGUCACUAUUACUCAGUGGGUUUUGAACAAAAGUGAUUCUCAUAGUGGAUCUUCAAAAGACUCACCAGGUGAAUCUGGAAAGCAGUCCCGAGGGGAAGAAAAGCUUGGACAAAGUACAAGCACUGUGAGAGUUGAGAAGUCUGCUGACAGCAAGCAAGCAGACAGGAGUUUGAAUAGACCAAAAUAUUCCCCUGGUGUGGACAGAAACGGUCACUCGCGGGGGGGCAGAAAGCGUAAGGAAAGAGAGAGCCAUUUUGAAACGACAAGGAAAGUGCCAACAGUGCAAGAAUAUUUGGAAAGAAAAAGAGAACUUUGUAAGAAAAGGACAGAAGCCAGAACAGAACCAAGAGAGGAUUUGGGAGAUGUUGGGCACACGGCUGAGAGAUCUGAGAAAACUGUGACCUUAAAAGAAAAUAACAGGUACUCCGAAACGUCAAAAGUUUAUCAAAAGGACAGGUCACAAAGUGGAGGUACUUAUGAAGCUGGCCACCGAAAGCGCAAGGACUUGCACAAUAGUCAAAGAGUGCCUGCGAACAAGGCACUAAACACAGGUCGCUCAUCAAAUAGUGACAAAAUUUAUCUGACUCCUGUUAAUUCCAGGCAUUCUUCUUAUGAAGGCAUCAAUUUGGCUAAACUACAAAUCAGACAUUCUCCAGAAAAACCAAAGUACACUGAAAGAAGAAAAUCUCUUGAAAUCUCUUGUCUCUCAAAACCUUCAAAUUCUGCUGUGAAAAAUAGGGAUUCUCCUGAAAUGUUGAAGUUCAAACUAUGUCCAGAGUUUGGCUAUGGGAGUCCAACAACUACUGAAGAGAGCGCAGGGGAGACAACCGAUCCUAAAGCAAAAAGUGUGGUAGAAGGUAUCAAAAGCAGCAAAGAGGCUUGGUGCAACAAUAUUCCCUUGAAGAAGCGCAAAGUGGAAGGUGUAGAAGCUCAUGGCUUUCAGAAAUCACCGGCUGAAUCAACUCCACUUUACAAACCACUUGAGAAAAAUAAUUCUCGACCAGCACAAGAUUUACAGUCAACUUUCAGUGUUUAUCAACAGAUGUACCAUAAGAGGAGCAAAAGCCUUGACUUCAGCCAAGCCAACACAUGAUCUACAUUGUCAACUUUCUGAUGGGUUGGCUGGUUUGGCUUUCUGCAGAGCUCUAAUUGGAGUACAAUUGAGGGACCAUUACUUCAAUGGAAUCAUAAAUCCAGUAUUAUAUCCUGAAGGACAUUGAAUGGCUUUGGAUGUAAGAAGAACAUCACCAUUAGACAUUGGAUAUUUGGUUGCAAGGACAUUACAGUUGUACAAAGUGCCUUUUUUUUUUUUUUUUUUUCCGAAGGAAGGAAGAUAAUUUGCUAGUAGCAUUAACUAUAAGUGGAACUUUAAUUUUUUUUUUUCUUUUUUCUUUCCACGGAUUUUUAUUUUUUAAUUGUUGGUGUCCAUUUUGUCUGAUCCAGGAAGCAAAGUGUGAGAACGUUUGAAUGAAGUGAAAUGAAUGCCAAUAAAAAUCCCUACUCAGUAAAGUGGGGAAAGGCUAGGGCCGGUGUUCCCACAUGUGGGAGAAUUGCUUUCUUGUUCCAGAAUAUUGACCGCAAUAGAAAUCUGACCCAUCCCUACUUUUCAAGAAUUUGCAAGUUUGAGCCUCAAUGUGUGGUGAACACAGAAAACUAUUUGCAAAUCUUUUAGCAAGCUUUAAGCAACUUUCUUGAAGAUUUAAAGUAGACACCGUUUCCAGUAGGGGUUUGCCUAACCAAUAUUAAUGGAAUGGCUGACUAUAACUAAAGCUGAACUCUAGCCUUCCCUGUAAAUGUACUGAAUACUCUUGCUCUAAUUCCACUGCUCACAGAAUGUUCUCAGUGUGCAUUAGAAGCUUCAGAAAAUCUUUGCAUCACAUGUAGGCGUUGCCUAGGGUGCUUGAAAAUGCAGUCUACCUGGGAACAUCCACUCCUGCAGACUCUCUAACUCAUCCCAAGAACCAGUCCACUUAUUGCAUUAUGGCUGGAGGGUUCUUGGAAAAGGAAGUCCUGAGACAGGUGUUGGGAUGUAAGCUCUGCAUAGUACCCUGCUUGAUGCGCCCACCAGCUAUGAUCUUACGAUCUGCCUGCCGUGCAGAGUCCUAAUGAUAUCACUAGGUAUGUAAGAGAAAUUGAAGAGACUUUAGAGACUUCAUUAAAGUUGCUAGAAGCUUUGCAACAUGCAUGGUUUUCGAAGAGCUGGAGCCCAUAUGAACAAGGCCAAACUUUAACAUGAAAGACAACUGAAGUUUCAACACCUCCAGGCAUUAUUUAUUUUAAUUUUUUUAUGGUAUGGUCCACUUAGACCUAAAAGUCUUGCGUGUAUAUGCCUUCCAGAGUUCCAGCUUCAUAAAUCCCACAUAUGGAGGGGGAGGGUCUGGGGACUUCAGCAGAAAGAUUUCAGAUUUGCCAGGAUCUACUGAAACAUGAAAAGCCAAGGUGCACUGACCCUUGUUUAUCGUUUUGUUUUACAUAAUGAGCAUUUAAGGUGCUGAUUUUGUGUUUAACAUGCUGCUAUGGAGGGUGGUUACACUCAUGUAAAUGUACAGAGCUUUGAACAGGGGUGGGGGAGGCUAUAAAUUCAUACCUAUAAUCCUCUCUUGCAGUAAGCAUGACUUGGGACUUAUUUUUUAUUUUUUUUCCCCCACCCCCAGCUGCCAUGUUUUUGUACUUUGUCAUACUACUUGCACUAAAUAUUUGUCUUAUGUUUUUUUUCUAAAAACAAGUUUUGUUAAACAUUUAUAUAUAUUUUUUUUACAUUGAAUUCUAAUUAAAUAUUUCUUUACUAUCUUUUGAA